GAAAAAUGGCUACCUUGAAGUUUAUUGGGGAUGUUCUCACGUCAAUUGCCGUUGGAAUUCGGCACCUGUGGCGUUCUUCUUUUGGUCAGGCCCCAACGCCUUCAGCUUCUCCACCACCUUCUCCUAGCCCUCCACCUUCACCAACUCCGCCAACUCCGAGUCCUCCGGCAACUCCACCGCCAACUCCGCCACCAACUCCACCACCAACUCCUCCGCCAAUAAUCAUCAUUAAACCAAUUUUUGUGUUUGGAGGCGAAGGAAAAGGUACAACAACAGCCGAACCAACAACUUCAAAGCUGUGCAACGUGAAGAACGUAUUCUUGCCCGUCCAUUUGGUUAGCAGUAAACCUCGAAAUAAAAAAGCUUUGGCUGAUAAGAUUGCAUUGGUUAUUGAAGCUUUAGCUGAUGGUGGGGUUGUUGCUGGAUUAAAUCGUGAAUUGGCUAAUCAACUUGCUGCUGAUAUGGUUAAGUUUGGAAUUUUGAAAUUUGCUCGUACUUUUUUUCGUCCUUUUAUUUUAUGCCUAUUUUUCUUUUAG